AUGGCGCGCAAGCAGAAGUUGAUCUCGAGCACCAUGGUCAAGAAGCUUCUGAAUUCCAAUCCGGGCCGGUACGCCUGCGGCCUGCUGCUGGGGCGGUGCGAGCAGGGCGGCCACCUGGAGCCCCCGCCGACACGGUUGCUUCUGUGCAGCUUGGCAGAGCCCGGCGCCGCCUCGCCCGCGGGGGUGCCCUCGGCACCCUCUCUGGACAGCAAGGGCGUGGCAGCGCGGGCCUGCAGCCGGUGCGCGGGGCGCGGCCUUCCCGGGGCUCCCAGCCGCGGGCGCGGCAGCGCAGCGGGGCCAGCCUCGGCGGCAGCAGAGAGACGCACAGUGACCAGGGGCACGGCAGCCGACGCGGCGACGGACAGCCUGCAGUUGCCGCCCCGCCUGGGCGUCAGCGAUCGCGGGGCGCACUCGCCGCACGAGUUGCCCAGAGCAGGGGGGUACCUCUUCUGCGUGAAGUGCGGCGACUGGACCAAGAGCGUGAGGCCUCGCCGCGCGCACGGCCAGAGGGAGAGGCCUCUGGCUCGGGCGGCGGCUGCGAGGUGGACGCUCCCGACCGUCUCGGGCCGCGAGCUCGAGCUGCUCCGCGGCCUCGGCCGGGGACCGCUCCGCGCGGCCGCCCGCGGCGCGGCGGCGCUGCGCCGCGCCGCCGCGGGAGGACCGGACAGGGCGCAGAGGUCAGGCAAGUAUUGCGGUGAGUCCACGGCCCAAGACCCCGAGGCCGGCAAGCGCCCCCAUGAGGCCGCGAUGGGCCUGCACGCCCCCGCGCCGGGGCCGGGCCCCGAGGACGAGGCCCGCGAGCCGGUCCCGGACUCCACCACGGGCGCCUCCCGGCCCGCCGGCCCCGCCCCGGCGGCCCCUGGGCGCGCGGGGACCAUCUCGGUGGCGUGCCGCGUGCGGCCGUUGCUGGAGGGCGAGGUGGCCAAGGGCGUCCAGCGGGCGCCGUGGGAGCUGACGGACCGGUCCGUGUCCCUGCGGCGGGGCGCUUUCGGACGCGGGGCUUCCGCCGACAGCCGAGGGCGGCCGCCUUCGGCCGCACCAGACGGCCGCGAGGCGCUGGGCAGGUCGCGCACGGAGCUGCGCAACGCCGACCACCGUCGGCCCGACGGCGAGACCAUCUUGGACACCGUGUUCGGGGAGGCCGCCACGACGAGGGACGUGUACGAGAAGUCCUUCAAGGGCAUCGUGGCGAGCGCGGCGGAGGGCCUCAACGGUGCCAUCCUGGCGUAUGGCCAGACUGCGAGCGGCAAGACCUACUCGAUCAGUGGCGCAACCGCGCGGCCAGCCGGCCUCGGUGAGGACGCGGAUGUUGAGCCGCAAAAGGGGAUUAUCCAUUUCGCAUUGGACGACCUCUUCACGCUGAUACGGGAGCAGGCCACAUCUUACACCGGCGCAGGGCGAGGUCCAGAGUUCCUUGUGCGAAUGUCUUAUGCGGAGUUGUACAUGGAGCGUUGCAACGACCUGCUGCGCAAGAUCAGCCCACAGACCCAAAACCUGCCCCUGAAGGAAGAUCCUGAGACGCGAAGCUUCUACGUGGAGGGGCUCAAGGAGAAGAUCGUCUCGUCUUCCGAGGAGGUGGUCGCACUGCUGACCCAGGCCGAGAAGCGUCGGCGGGUGGCACACACGCGUUACAACGAGGUGUCCUCGCGCUCCCACACGAUACUGACGCUCUGCAUCGAGCGCUCUGCGCCGCUGGAGGACGGCCCCGAGCAGGACGGGGCGGGCGAGGAGGAGGCCCGCAUCACGCAGAUCGGCCGCCUAGUGAUCGUCGACCUGGCAGGCAACGAGCGCAUGGAGAUGGGGACGGAGUAUAUGCAGGAGUCCAAUUCCAUCAACACGUCGCUUUUCUUCCUGGGCAAGGUGAUCGAGAAGCUGUCCGCGCAGGCCCGGCAGGACGCCGAGGCUCCGGCCGCCCACUUGCCCAUCCGUGACUCGAAGCUGACGCGCUUGCUGUCCGUGCACCUCGGCGGCAAUUCGCAGACCGGCAUCCUUGUCACGAUGACACCAGCCGAGGACGCCGUGGACCAGAGCAUGUCGACGUUGCGCUUCGCGCAGAAGGCCGGCCAGGUGCGGUGCUCCGCCCGGCCCGUGCUCGUCAGCAAGGAGCAGUCCCUCAUCCUCCGGCAGCGCGAGAUCAUCGCCCAGCUGCAGAAGCAGGUGGAGGCCAUGAAGGAGGAGGCGCAGGGCCAGUUGGAGCAUGCGGCGGCCGCGCCGCCGCGCCCGCCGAGGGGCGCCGAGGAGGAGGGCGGCGCGCCUCGGGGGGAGGACGACGGGGGCGGCGAGCUCGCCGCCGAGCGGCGGCAGCGGGCCGAGCAGGUGCAGGCGCUGACCGUCGGGGCCGCGGGCCCCGGGCAGCAGACGAUCGUGUCGAGGAGCCGCGAGGUGGACGCCGUCGUGACGGCGUUGCACCGCAACAACGACGCCCUGCGGAAGCAGAAGGCCACCGUCCUGGACGAGAUCAAGCGGAUGUACGAGGCCGUGACGGACGCCACGAAGCGCGCGGGGAGGGCGGCCUUCGAGCUCAAGCCGGGCGGCGGCGGCCUCGCCGCGGCCGCCGAGGCGCUGUGCGCAGGGGCGCCCGGGCAGGGCCAGGGCUCGGCCUGGGCGCCUGCGCUCGAGGAGCUGCGCGGCCAGAUGCAGUCGCUGGUGCGCCUCGCGCACACGCGCGGCCAGGCGGACGCGGACCGAGAGUUUGCGGAUAAGCUGCGCACCCUCGAGGGCGAGAACAGCGCGCUGCGCCAGGCGCUGCGUGCGAGCGAGGGCCCCGCGGCCGAAGAUGGCCCGGCGGGGGGUGGCGGCGACCAGGGGAAGCCAGACUUGCAGGCAGCGGCCUCCUCGGGCUCGGAGGAGGUGGCGCUGCGACAGCUGAGGGAGGAGAAUUCCCAGCUGCGCAGCAGUGUCCAGUUCCUCGCGGGCGAGCGCAAGCGGCUCAAGGCCGAGGCGAAAAAACUGCAGCAGGCACUCGAGGCUGGCAGACAGGCAAUUCUGGCAGGAGGCUCUGGCGCAACAGGCUCAGAGGCACGUGGCCAGACACGCAGGCCCUCCGACGAUGCCAGCGCCUCGAAGCUGCCGCCGUGCACCGAUCAGAAACUCGGCGUGGCCGCGGGCGCCAGCGGCCAAGACGUCGUCGCCCAGCUGGUGGACAUGGAGGAGCCCGAGGUCGAGAAGUCGGCCGAGUGGAGCGACUCCUGGGGCGAGGCUGACAGGCCAGAGCCACCUCUGCAGCCCGCAGCUCCGCUCGAGGCGGAGCCGCCCGAGCAGAGGAAGGAAUCCCGAGGCACGGACCCCGAGCAGCAGGAAGCGGAGGUGCUGUCGCUGUCGGGCACGUUGGGCGACUUCGAGCCCAUCGUGGAGAACCUGCGGUGCGCGGCUCCGGCGGGCGCAGCCGCUGGCGACGGGCUCGGCCUAAGACCCUCAGCGAGCAGCAGUGGCCUCGGCGAUUUCGAGCCGAUCGUCGAGAAGAACGUGCCGCCCACUCCGCCGGCGCCGGUGCGGAGGCCACCCUCGCCAUCGCGUAGCCAUGGUGCGACGGCUGGGCUGUCGCCAGCGCGCUACCGGCCAGUGGGCGGCGUGGCCGAGCGCCCGGUGAGGGCUGGGGACGCGGUAACGUGGCGUGGGCAGCAGUGCAGGGUGGUCAAGGUUCGGCGAGGACCGCCCGGCCCUCGCCGUGUUGCGCACGCCCCGCGGCUCGGAGAUCACCACGGACGCCGCCCUGCUGGAGCGCACGGCGGACGCGCCAUGGGCCAGCGAGCCCGGCGGCCUGCCGCCAGCGGCGCGCUCGCCGCUGCGGCUGCCCACGCUGGGCGAGAAGCUGGGCGAGCUGUGCCUCGACCGCCCGGGCGUGGGCCGGCCGCCCUCAGGCCCCGGCCGCUCCACCUCCCAGCCGGUGCGAGCGGCGUCGCCGCUGCGGCCGCCGCCGCGGGAGGGCAAGCGCGCCAGCACGCCGAUGCGGAAAUCCUCCAGCCGGAGCCCUUCGCGGACGUUCCCCCAGCCCCUGCUGGCAUCCUGAGCAGCCUGGCGUGUACAGUACAGGGGAAUUCGGGCUACGCACGUACUCGACACUGUGAGGCGCAGACAGCGACCUUUGCAUUCGCCCCCAGACCUGGUUGGGUGACCACCCUCGUGCCUUCCCCCCCCCUUCUCCUCCGCCACGAGUCUUGCGUCUAGCGCACGCCUCUUUGCACGUGAUCGCGUUCACUGCCUGCUGUGAGCUCUCGCCCUUUGCCGAGGACAGAAUCGCACCGCCGCGCGCACGGCCCCCGCUCGCAGAAA